GGUCUUAAAUUUUUGAAUGAACAAUUCGGAAAGUGCGCCAGACCAAAAGUAUCAUGGCAAAUUGACCCGUUUGGUGCCUCACUGGAAAUGCCCUCCCUAUACGCGCAGAUGGGUUUUGAUACCCACGUAUACAACAGAGGCCCAGACCAUGGAGAGUACAUAUGGAAUGUGUCGCCCGACCUAAACACUCGCAUAUUUACCACGAUAUUACACGCCCAUUACAGCGCACCAGGUGGAUUUAAUUUUGAAAAUGGCAACAACAUGAUUAACGACUCAAACGUGCAAGAUAAAACCAACAAGUUUAUCGAGAAUGCCCGUAACUGGAAUAAGGACUAUGGUAAUAUAAAUCACGUGUUGGUAACAAUGGGCGAUGAUUUUCAGUACAAAACGGCAAACUUUUGGUUUGAAAACAUGGAUCGUAUGAUUAAGGAGGCGAAGGCCCGACACCCGGACGUUAACCUCAUGUAUUCGUCGCCCAAUUGUUACGUUAAGGCAGUGAAUGGUUUGAACCAUACGUUUGAUGAGCGCAAUGUUGAUUACCUGUCCUAUUGGGUGGGCUAUUACGCCAAUAGGCCGGCGCUUAAGUACCAGGAUCGGUUGACAAACAAUAUCCUUCAGGCCGGUAAACAAAUGUCAGUAUUGGCCCGUUUAGAUCCUUCAAAAACUACUGCAUACAUGGAUGAGGCACGUAAUGAGGUGGCCGUAAUGACUCACCAUGAUGCUAUCACCGGCACAUCACCGCAGGCCACGUCCGAUGACUACACCAGUCGCUUACAGAGUGGAUACGCGGCCGCCAAACAAGUCAUACGUAAGGCUUAUAGUUAUCUCAAAUCUAAGGACUCGGAGAAAAAGGUGGUCUUAAACGACGUUUACUGCGAUUUUCUCAAUAUAACUGACUGU